AUGGAACACUCUGACUCUCCAAACAAUGUGACUGAAUUUAUCCUCCUGGGACUUACACAAAACCCACAGCUGCAGAAAAUAUUCUUUGUUGUAUUUUUAUUCAUCUUUCUCUUCACUGCAUUGGCCAACCUGUUCAUUGCAAUCACCAUUGCUCUAAGCCCUACACUUUCAGCUCCCAUGUACUUCUUUCUUACUUAUUUAUCUUUUAUUGAUGCCUGCUAUACCUCUGUCACCACCCCUAAGAUGAUAAUUGACUUGCUGUAUCACAGAAGAACUAUCUCUUUUAAUAGCUGUCUCACUCAGCUAUUUGUUGAACAUUUUCUGGGGGGCUCUGAGAUUAUCCUUCUCAUCGUCAUGGCCUAUGAUCGCUAUGUUGCCAUUUGUAAGCCCUUGCACUACAUGACUAUUAUGCGGCCUCAUGUAUGCCGUUUGUUGGUAAUAGUGGUCUGGGUGGGGGGCUUGGUACAUGCCACUGCUCAGAUUCUUUUCAUGAUCCAUCUACCCUUCUGUGGCCCCAAUGUCAUUGAUCACUUCAUGUGUGACCUGUUUCCAUUGCUAAAACUUGCCUGCACUGAUACCUAUAUACUAGGGAUGGUUGUUGCUGCUAACAGUGGAGUCAUGUGCAUGUUGAUUUUUUCCAUGCUUCUUGUCUCCUACAUUGUCAUUUUGUGCUCCUUAAAGACACACAGUUUGGAGGGGCGACGCAAAGCCCUCUCUACCUGUGGCUCCCAUUUUCUUGUGGUAGUCCUGUUCUUUGUGCCCUGUAUCUUUACCUACACACGACCUGUAUGUACUUAUGAGAUUGACAAAUUAGUCACUGUAUUUUUUGCUAUUUUUACCCCCAUGUUAAAUCCUAUAAUUUACACAGUGAGGAACACAGAAGUGAAAAAUGCCAUGAGAAAUUUGCUUAAAAAAAGAAUCACUUCUACUUCCCAAUAA